CACAGGUCCAACCUUGUUCGAAGAUCUCCGUGAGGCAUUUGAGCGGCUGACUGAUGUUACUACUGCCGCGGAAGCACUUAUUGAGGCUGAAACGUAUCGGACAAAGUCUCUCUCAUUCUCAGGUCCUCUAGCUGCACGGAUGGCUUGUGACGGCAGGACUCAUCCGGCGCAAUGGUGGUCCAUGUUUGGUUCAUCUACACCUACACUAUCAAUGCUUGCUAGACGCCUAGUGUCACAGUGCGCCUCAUCUAGUGGUUGUGAGAGGAACUGGAGUACAUUUGCUUUCAUCCACACCAAAGUUCGCAACCGAUUAAGCUACAAGAAGCUCCAUAAGUUGGUGUAUGUCAACUACAACCUAAGAAUACAAAACAACUUGGAUGCAGGUAUUAGGUCAACUCUUGAUGAUGAUCCAUUUCAGCGGCUUAUGGAGCUCACAUUGAAUGAGGAUAACAAUCCGUUCCGGGACUGGAUGGAGACCGGGAGAUCAAAUGCAGCCCCUGAGCUUGACGAGGAGGACACAGAUAGCGACGUACCCUUGCCUACUCACCUGGUGACAGACCCAGUGAACACACCUGACUUGCAACAAUGGGCUGCUACAACGGUUGGUGACACACACACGGGAAAGAGGAAGAAGCAAAUGACGCAAAGAAGGAAGAGCAAGAGGACUAAGGGCAAGGGCAAAAGACAAGUGCAAAGCGAUGAGAGCACGAAUAGUGACCCAAAGAGCCCAACUUACCAAGAAUCGAAUGACAGCAGCUCAAAGACUGACAGCGGUGAUGAUGAUGGUCAGGGCGGUGAUGCUCAUCCAGGCCAAACAUCUGUCGUUCCUCCUGUGCAAUUCACUGGUGAGAGUCAGUUUUCACAUGCCACGCAAGAUCAGGAUCACGGUGCUCCAUCCUCACCAAGGCAUAUAACACACGGUGGCCACGAUGGACCACAGGAUAGUGCGAGCUAUUCCAGCAGCUAUGGCAUGGAGAGUAGUUCUGGAUCGUACCCGUACCACUAUCCUGCCUCCAAUGCUCAUUCAGAGCCUCCUAUUCAUUGGGUUUAUGAGUGGCAAGACCCUGAGUUUUAUGCCACUUUGCAAGGACAAUGGUCAACCACUUCUGCAUGGACAGGACAAACUUGGGCUGAGUUCAAAGCAGAGUUACUAUCGACACGACGGCUAAUGCUAAUGUCCACCGAUGAGUACAAUAUGGCCGAAUGUAAUCGGCCACCAAGCUGGUGGUUCUAAAGGUGAUGCAGAUUUCCUUUCGAAGGUCAUGAUAAUUCCAUAAAUAUUUAUUAUUUUCAGGCGCUGCAUAUGUAAUAUACGCAUAUAUUCGAAACAAUAAUUAUAUGUUCGUGCUUCAAUUGCUAUUACUAUCUGUUUGUUGCCUUCGAAACAUAAAAAAAUUAGCAAAGGUCAUGCUAAAUUUUUAUAUGAUAUUAGAAAA